AUGAACAUUUUUAAUAGCGCCUGUUAUUCUGCUAAGGAAAAAAUUUCAAGUUAUGCUGUAGAGUAUACCCAUAGCACUACUCGCCAAAAUUUGUUAUACACGAAGUUGUUUAACAAUUCGCUUGACAUUAUCUGCUUACAAGAAGUAAAUUUGUUUAUGAUGACUCAACUAAAACAUAAGUGCCGAAAUUAUGAUUUGAUUUUCCACGGUCCAACACAAAGCAUAGCACAGGCAACAAGUAACAACUGCUGCGUUCUUUAUAAGAAAAGCUUUAAAUUAUUAGGGGAAAGGCGUUUUGACCUGAACAACGCCGUUUCGAAGUAUUUUAUGAACUGUUCAUCCGAAAAUCAGUGUGAAAUACAAGAUGCUUUCAUAAGGGAGCUCAAGAGAAGGAACAGUACUGCCACUAUGAUACUACUACAACGUGCAGAUGUACUCUUAGCGAUUUGCAACUGUCAUAUACACUGGAAUCCGUUAUACCCUGAUAUAAAAGCAUUUCAUGUAUACUUAAUAGUGAAGGAGUUCUUUCAAUUUGUUCAUGAAACUCUACGCGAUUUUCCACAUCCCCCCUUGCUAUUAAUGGGGGAUUUCAACUCUACCCCCCACAUGAUGAGCGAAUCUGCAGGCCCCCACCGCAGUGCCGUAUAUGAGCUAAUAACUACUGGAAUGCUUGCACAGACGCACCCUGAGCACCCGGCUGAAUUAAGGAAAAACGAAGUUUUUCAAAUUUUUCCAUCUUUAACCUUAGACCCGUUUAAAAGUGUAUUUCAUGAAAUAAAUGGAAAGGAGCCCUUGUUCACAAACAAAACUUCCAAUUUCUGUGGAUGCAUUGAUUUUAUUUUUUACAAAGACCUUAUUCCCAUAUCUGCAAAAACAAUUCCGCAGAACUUGCACCAAGUUAAAACCCUACCGAACUUGAACUUCCCUUCUGACCACGUCCUCCUAACUUCUGACUUCUUUCUUAUUUGA